AACACAACCACCCGGACAACCACACAACCACAAUUCUCCCACGCACCUACCUCUUCUGUGCCAGGACGGCCCUCGUACGGCCUGCAAGGCCACGUAGGUCCGGAAUGACGAAGUUUGAUAUUGUCAUUCUUUCCUCGUCUCCCCUCACGAGCGGUGCUGGGGCCGGCGCUGCCAAGCCCCAUGAAAGUCCCCCAAGCUCCCCACAACGCGUCCGCAUGUCCGCCUAUGCGCCUCUAUCGCCUCAGCAGCUCCAGACCUCCCCGAGAAAGCCAGCGGGCGCGUUGAAGCGAGGCUCACGAGCCGCCCCUGUACCAUGCGGAGCAUCGAUCGGAUUCGCGACAGCAGCCAGUCUGCUCAAGUCAAAGCAACUGACGCUAGACGAUGAAGGCGAGCUUGAAGGCAUCCGGAAUGCGAAAUCUUCCGGUGUAUCGAGGGAGAAUGGGGGAACAGCAAAUGAGGGUCCCAAGAAGCCCAGAAAGCGAAGCAGUAAGACGCAAUCUACAGCUGGCGAUGCAGACCGGACGUUGAAGAAACCCGGCGUCCGCAAGGCGAAGGCAGACAGCAGCGGAGGCAGCACAGGAGACUAUGCGGGAGCAUUGGGUGCAUCUUGUACAUCCAGGACAACAGCAUCGGCAAAUAGUAUUACGCCGGUGUGCGAACCUACAGCUCUUACUCUCAAACCGGCUCCGACAAAGGGUAGGACGAGAAAAACAAGAGCUACCGAUAACGAGAAACCCCUUUCGGGAGCGCCUGCGAAAUCCGCUACCACCACGUCUUCUUACUUCGACGACAACGCAUCCUUACAACCUCUGGGCUUGCUACCUAACAUCGAUUCUGUGGGACUGUCGAAAGCAGCAAUAGUGGUAGGGGCAAAGAAGACGCGCUCGAAGAAAGCUACGCCGACAAGCCUGGAAACAAUGAUACUAGCAGAGACGACGAAUGUGUCUGGCAACACAGCAAAGGGAAGAUUAAGAGCAGCGGCGACAAAGAAGAAGACUACUGGGUCUGUUUCGUCCCAUUUUCCUCUGCAGGUCCACAAGAAGCGAGAAGAGCAUGAUUCGAGGAUAUGGGAUGUGCCAGGGAGCCCGUCUCAGAACAACAGUGGCAUAAGGCAUCAGGAUCCGCUCAAUGACAAUAAAUCACAUAUCGAUGAGGCAGUUGCUCGCAGACGUGAUUGGACGCCCGUUAAAGACACUUUCGACGACUUAUCUUUCACAGACUCUGCUGCCAAGGAGCCCCCACAUCCAGCGGCACCUCCCUCUGCGCCGUUCACCUCUAUGCUCUCCAACUUUGCCUUUGCUGAAGAAACCCAAGCGCGACAACCUGCCUUGGCUAAAGACACACCAUUAGAAGGUCAUUCUAGGAUGAAGAGACGAAGAGUGGAACUCCUAGAUGUUCCCGGCAACGGUCCAGUCGCUCGAGACCCCUCUCCUCCAGGCAAAGGGAAGGCUCCCAAGAAGAAAGCCCGAACUAUAACAGACCUUGUAACAGGCCAGUACGCUCCUGAAGAUCUGCCUACCGAGUCAACGGAUGGUGACGGCGUUUUCGGCAUUCGAACGAAUACUGCAUCUGUGCCUUUGAACGAUGCUUUACCUCCGGGCCCGGCUGGAAACAAAGCGGCCUUGGUGGGGCGGUCGUCCAAACCAUCCAAAAGGGGUGCCAAGAAAGGCAAGCCUUCAAAGUCCGGUGCAAAGCCAAAGAUGGCAGCCGACAAGCUGCUAAGUCCAGCAUCUGCAUUAUCGCGGCUGAACAACCAAGAUGUCCUAUUCGGUACCUCGAGUCAGCUUGCGCUCGAGGAGUCUCCCACAAUGAUCCGUCAGAUACAACAAGCGCUAUCGGCUUCCGAGAAUGACCUCGCCCCCUCUGAGUACGUACCCGAUGCUAUCACUCGGUUAAUGUUUAUGCCUCAGCUUGAAAAGAUCAAAGGCAACCGCAGGUUAUGGACUGCUGGUGCCAGAGACGAAGACGGUUUGCUUCUAGAGGAACAUGAGCCUGUCUACAUGCCUGAACCCGACCGUACGCAGGAUAUUCCUCUUCUCAUGGAUGGCACACGCGACUCCUCUUUUGCCGAUAUAGAUCACUGCCUCUCUCCAAUGCCCCUGGCAACCAAACCUAAGAAUCCCCCGCACUACCAUGAUGAGAGCAACGAAGAAGCUCCACCCACCAAACCGACAAUCGACGACCUUGACGCCUUUUCUGAUCCACCUCCUUCACAUCAACCGGAGUCUUCGAGCUUUCUGGAUAUAGAUGAUAUCAUACCUCCACAACCAUUUGCCAAAUCCAAAGACGCCACAAUCGACCCCCCUACUAAACUUGAUGCGCCCCUGAAGAAGCGGCCCAGCCCCUCUUUGAAGCCAGCAUCGACAGUGCUGCAGAAGCAUGGCCCAAGCCACAACAUACCGAGUACCCUAGAGUCAAGGCUAAACUCACAAUCCCGUCCACCAAUCACACCCCCAAAGUCUCGGGGGCGCUACGCUCAAGUAGAGGAGAUCUUGGACUCUGAAGAUGAUGAAGCCCUCAGUCCCACUCCGCCUAGAAGAAAGCCGCUCCAAGAGUAUCCUUCAUUACCACUCGUGCUCAACCGGCCGGCUGAAAACAUGGAAGUUCCACUGGAGCGAAUAUACCAUGUGGCUACAUCACAGCUGGAGUGGGCCAACAUCAAGCCAUCAAUCUUCCGCCUCAUCACAUCUCAUAUCCGCAGCAUCCCGCCUACCGAGGAUCCUAACAACCCAUCCUGGUACGAGAAGAUGCUGAUGUAUGACCCCAUCAUCGUCGAGGACUUCACAGCGUAUCUGAAUGCACAUACCUCCAUUCGAGCACACAGACGGGCAACCCAGAAGCAGAUCAAGGCUUGGAACAAGGAGAUUAAGAAACGUGGAGGUGAGGCUCUCAGCGUGGAAGAGGGUGGUGAUCAGGUUCUGGUCGUGGAGAAGGAGUUGGAGACGUAUAUGGUAAGGGCUUGGUGUGAGGAGCAUAGUGUUUGCUGUGCUUCUAGGGAUAAUAAAGGGAAGGUUGGGCUGCCGAAAGGGCAAUACUGAGGGCCCAAUGGAGGGGUACUUUUUGUGUGUCGAGCCCUUUGGCUUGGAUUUCCAAAGGGGUAUUGCGGUGGCAUCAUUCGGACGCCGCUCGUGCUAUGAAGCUUGGAUAAAUGGAACGCGCUCAAAAGUAGCCAUACAAGUGGGCGCUCCAAGUCAUGAAUAAUGAACCAUAAACUACC